CCGCCGAUGAGCCUUCCAGUCUUUUUAACCAAAUCAACAAAAGCAAAGCCUCUCAAACUUUUCUUUCAUCCUUUACCUUUAUUUGUUUCUAUUCAUUCAAGAUUGAAUACCAAGCUUUCGUGGCAGACGACAUUCUAAUCAAACACAUGUCUUUCGGCUUCUCCGUGGGAGACUUUCUCGCGGGCGCAAAUUUAGCUUAUAGGCUCAUACGCGCCUUGUCGGAGUCUCGAGGUUCAAAUAUGGAAUAUCAGGAAGUCAUCCAGGAGCUUGGUUGCAUCCAGCACACAUUCCUACACGUCGAACUCAUCAGCUCUAGAAAGGUCUUCAGCCAAGCGACCAUAAACGCGAUUGCACAUAUACUGGGCUCAUCGAUGGAAGUAAUGGAGAGGUUCCUUCAACAGACCGAAAAAUAUCGAAAGAGUCUCUCCAGGAAUGGUGGACGGUCUCUGGCAGCGGACAGUUGGAGAAAAAUUGGAUGGAGCUUAUUCCAAAAGGAAGAACUGAUCAGCCUUAGAAGUACUUUACAGACACGCCUCACAGCAGUCAAUAUUUUAGUGUCCGCAGCCAACAGUCAAAACUACUAUAUCACACCACAAGCAGUUGGGAAGUUUCAGACAAGCAGUUUCGAGACCCGGUCAUGUCAGGCACUAUCGCAUGUCUCGUCCGAAGCAACCACCGCGGUUGCUGGUGACUCUUCUGGAGAUUACGGGGCUGAAAUGUACGCCAAGGUAGAAGAUCAAAGUCUGGUGCACAACCCUUCCGAGUGGCAAAGGGAUGAGGCGUAUACGAAAGUCGAAGAUCAAACGCAUGCAAACAUUUCUUCAGAGGAGCACCAAGAUGAGAUAAGCACUGAAGUCGUUGAGGCCCCAUCAUACCAGAGAUUGUCAAAUGCCUCGUGCAAAACCACCAUCACCGCCAUCGGUAACCCUUCCGGAGGGCAAAGGGAUGAAGUAUAUAACAAAACCAAAUAUCAAAAUCAGGGGCACAUGCAGCGAGAAGCUAUUCUUGAAAAUGCUCCACAUAUCAAGGAAGCAAAGGAUUAUUUGGGGGGCGAGAGCGGCGAGAAUGGAGAGUACCUUCGACGCAAAUUGGCUGAGCUAGAGGCAGUCCAAGUGCUGGCAAAGCUGGGGAUGCUCCAAGCGCAUCCUUCUUCCCAGCUCCCUGGCAUUCUCCACGCUACGACUGUCUCAAAUGAGAAAAAAAAGCCAAUCAAGUUCAAAGACGCUGUUGGUCGGAAAUUUAGUUUCCCAUUUGAGCUCGGUUGUACCUGGCAGGGAAUGGAGGAUCUUAUCAACCAGGCAUUUCUUCACGUUGAAGUAAUUGGUCCACAUGUGGCCAAAGGGCAUUACGAUCUAGUUGGACCAAAUGGUGAAAUUAUCCUUCCUCAAGUCUGGGAUAGUGUUAUUGAGCCAGACUGGACGGUGACAAUGCAUAUGUGGCCAAUACCAGAAGCACCGAAGGAACCAGAUAUUCUGCCCCCCGACACGAUCUGAAAGGAAGAGGCUCAGAAUGCGUCGAUAGAUCUAUGGCAAUAUCUGCUAAGCCGUUACUAUUAUGCCUUGCCUAUCAACUUUGACCCGAUAUGGACACCCAGGGCAGCGCCAAUCCCUGCAGUGAAACAACUGAAGGAGGAGAAAGAGUUAACAUUUGCCAACACCCGCCUAGUUUGCUAAGUUUGCAUGGAACCAUCUAGUUAGGGAAGCCUUCAUGAUUAACUGCAGUCCGUAAAAAUCAUAGGGAAUCAUGAAGCAGUGUCAGAGUUCUAGUGUUUACUUAAGCUUCUCCGAG